CAGAGUGUUUUUGAGUUCUUCUGUUUUAAGCAUCUGUCUCUAAAAACUUAUCAGUGUUGAAUCUGAGUGAGUGAAAGAAAUCAUGUAUGUUCUCUUUAGCCUCUACCCGGAGAAGCAGACAUACUGAACAGCUAAUGGCUGAGCCGUGGCCUCUAACGUAUUGGGACAUCCAUUGACAGGAAAGGCCUAAAGCCAAUCCAAUGGAACAUUAAAGCUUCAUAGGGUCUUUCUGUCUAAGUGAAGAUAGUGCAUUUGAACAUUCUCUUGACAACUGAGCAUGAAAGGCCCAAGCCACCCCAAGGGAACAUUAGCGAUUUAUAGGGUUUCUCUGUCAAUGUCUAAGUAGUUUGUAUCUUGACAGACAUGUCUAAUUCAUCAAGUCUCUUUCUGAGACAAUACCCAGAUUGUUAUGCCUUUUGUGCAGGUGCUCUAGAAAUGAGGUAAUAAUGACAAUAGCAAAUCUAUCAUUUAUAGUAGGGAUCUUUCCGUGCUAAUGUGAGGUUUUAGAUUUGCAUCUAUGAAAAGGUAUUGACUUGCGUUGUAAUCUAAUUGCUAACUCGCUACUAUCCUACCAUUUGCCCCAAAACAAAAAAAUGGUUGGAAUAGAAUUGUGAGUAGUCCAAGUAAAAAUUAAUAAUUGGACCUCUCUUCAGUUUGGACUAAUUAAUCUGGAAACUGUGAUAGGGGUUGUGAGUUCCACGGCUCCUCUUCAAUUAUUGGACUCCACAUUAGUAGAAAGAAGUGUAGCUCAAAAAUUAACCUAUAGGAUUGGUUUGUUAUGAUACACUAGAUUUGAUUGAUUUUCCUCUUACAUCAUCCAAAAUAAUUAGAAAAUUACAAAAUAGGGGUGGUAUGCUUUGCAAUAAUAAUUAAACUAAAAUUUAGGUAGAAAGAUUAGGUCCACGUUUGGAAAAGCUUUUUAUUGUUUCUUUCAAUCGGUUAUUAAGCUAAUCCAAACAUUAUCAUAUGAAGAAGAGUGAUUAAACCUUAUUUUAUUAAUUAAUAAAUAAAAGUUGAAUAUGAGUCUAUGACCAAGUACACCUACUUGUUGCACAUUGCUACACGACUUGUACAUCAUUGGAAGGGCGUUUGCAGCUUAGAUGGUAUAUUUCAGUUGACAGAGCCUUUGAAGUUUGAACAGAGUCAAAUAUCUAUAUAAUAAAACAUAACGGUUUUCAAAAAUAUAUAAAAUAUAUCAGAGAUACAUUUUGGUUGAACGAUUAAGAUGAAUCUUAAAUUUAUAUUAAUGGUUCAGAUCAACAAUAGUUCCGCCCAAACAUUUCUCUCCUAUGCUUCUCAUCUACCCACGUCUCCUCAUCUUCCCUCUCUAUCUCUCUCACUUUCUCUGUUCUCACCUACGUCUCAUCUCUAUUCCCUCUUUAUCUCUCCCUGCCUCUCUGUUCUUCUUCUUUCCUACCCUCCAUCGUUGCUCCCUCCUGAAGCUGCUUUCCAGUCCUCGAUUCCUGCCUCUCGAAUUCGUCUCGCAAGGUAAGAUUCUCUCUGUCGGACUAUGUCUGUUUUUUAAUCGAACCCUCCCUCUUCGCUCACCCCUGACGCUUCGAACUCGGCUCACAAGAAUGCUCUAUUCCAAGCAUAAAUCGGGGUCUCUCACUCCACUGCAGCCAAGACAACAAUACAAGUUGAAAAUCUUUCUUCGUAAAGUCGAUAGCUCCGAGGUGAAGGAGAUUCCAAGAUUCAAAGUGAAGAACCCUAAGCGUGUUGUCUUUCAAUCGCAAUCUGAAUUCUGCAAAGUUUCAAUCAAGCAUUUUUGGUACUGUUGUUCCUGGCAAGCCAUCUUCCUUACAGUUUUGGUCGGAUUCGAAGAUUAGUAUUACGGAUAGCAACAUCUAGGGAUGACAUGAAUGUUGUAGCUGUCAAUGAUCCUUUUGUUGAUGCUAAGUACAUGGUAAGAAAUUGUGCUUUACUUAUAUUUUCUUUGGGUUCCUCCCUUGACAUCUUGAUUUGUUUUACACGUAAUGUAUUUUCAGUAGUAACAUAAUCUCCUUCCAGUUGUUAGGUUGUAAGCUGAACUUAGCAGUUCUAACAAGCUUACACGUUGUUCUUGGUGUAUGAUUCCAAGCAUCCUUGCUAGAUUAAGAAGUUUUUUUAAAAGCUGAAGGAUGAGAAAUUGUUUGAGGAGGUUUUUUGGGUUCAUUAAAUCAUUUGGAAUUUUAAAUUUUUUUUGAAGGAUAAGGAUGAGAAGUUGUUUGGGUAGACAUAACUAAUUAAGUUAAAAAACACAAAUCCAAUUAAUGGUAUCAUCUCUCUCUUAUUUUGGUUUCCAUGAAUGGGUGUUUUCUAUAGGUUUAUUUUCUCUGGUUUGUCUUUAUUUGGGGUUUUAUGAAAUGGUUCUUUUAAUGCCUUUGGUUCAAUUUUAGGCAACAUUUACUUUUGGUGCAAUGUUUGGUUACUGAGAAUUUAAAGAAAAAAAAGGGAAA